GAGGAGGUGGAUACUCCCCUGGCCAGCCCUGCUCAUGCCGCCGGUAUGCUUCCCGCUAUCGACUCUGUAGCCUUGUAAGAAGAGCCUUGCAACAAGGCUUUCUCGGGUGGCUGUGGCUAGCAGACCCUCAUUCAAGGCCUCCAAGCGGCUGUCCAUGGCAUGAGGAGUGCGGCGGAGCCAUCUGAAAUGGCUUCUGGCGGCGGGGAGGCGCUCAACACCGACAGGCACACCGGUGAGAGAGGGGCACACACAUGGGAGUCUCAGCGCUGCGAGACGGUCUGCAGCACAUUCUGCGCUGUGUGUGUGUGUUUCCAUGUCGGUGACUGUGUCAGGUGAUCCAUCUAUGAGUCAGAACGGCUACGUAGCGAUGCCGCACUCUGAGCAGCCGUCUUGCUUCGCCACAGUGGCCAACCCUCUCACUAGUGGUCUGCCCCAGACCAACACGGCCACCACGACCAUUCCUGCGUCGAUGAAUCUCCCCUUCCCGUCUCUGCUGGAAGCGUCGCUCGGGUUCGGUGGCCAGCCCAUGCCUCCGAUGGCUGGCCUGCCGCCGCUGUCCGCCCUGCCACCGCCCUUCCCCGGCUCCUCUUCUCAGUCGCUGCUGGGGCUGGGCGCCAUGGACAUGGACACUCUCACUUCGGCAAUGAAUCUGUCGAUGCUGGGCGGCAUGCCGCCAUCGGCCUUCCCGCCACUCCCACCGCUACCCGACCAGCCGGCCAGCGAGAGCGCCUCUGCCUCGUCCUUCCCCCUUCCCCACCCCCAUCUGCCCCCGCUCCCGCCCCCGCACCCUGGCUUCCCAUUCAUGGGCGGGAUGCCCGUGCCGCCACAGCUGUCGCCGCCCGUCGGAAUGAGUGGCAGUUCGGCCGGUGAGGACAACGGGCCGGUGGGCGGCAUUGGGGGCGACGGGGGAGCCGGUGAUGGGGGGCUGGUGGAGAAUCUGAUGAUGCACUUCAUGAAGGCCGGGAGUGGGGGAGGCGGUGGGGGUGGCGGUGAAGGGCAGGGCCAGAUGAUCGAUUUGCAGCAGAUCGCUGAGCAGCUGGCGGCCAAGGACCACAUCGACCCCGCUAAAGCAGGUGAGUGAGACUAACAGCGGGGGGGAGACAGGGAGGUGCAGAGAGAGGUCUAGGCAGGCAGCCAGCCAGGAAUGGAGGGAGGCAGGCAGCACGCACACCGGCCGAGCUCGGCUCAAACACCUCGAGUGGGUCCGGGGGUAUGGUAGAGUGUGCCAGACAGACAGAUGAGAGGGGCAUGCACCAGCUGUCAGGGGCAGACAGGGAAGUCUCGAGCCUGCCCUCUGAUGCCUGACCCACAAUGGCUGCAUGACCUUCAUCUCUCUCUCUCUCUCUCUCCGCGCGUGUGUGUGUGUGGUCAGCGCACUGGACGCUUCAGCAGUGGACUGAGGAGAUGCAGGCCCUGUUCGACAACAAGGGUCCUCCCCCCUUGCAGCACCAGCAGCCGAUGCCGCCCGCCCCGGUGCUGCCUGCACCUGCUGUGCCGGGCCGCGGGGGCCACAAUGUGCCGCCCGCCACGGCCGCGAGAGGCGGCAGAAGGAUAUCUCCAUUGACUGGGUGAGGGAGGGAGGGAGGGAGGCGUCUACUCCCACGCGUAUCCACCACCUGUGGUAUGUUGUGUCGUGUUGCGUGUUCUGCAGUGAGCCUGAAACGAGACGCGGGCGCCCCUCACAGGACAAGAGCACCUACUUCUGCGGACUAUGCCAUGUAUGUCAGUCAGUCAAUGCACACCGCACCCUCACCACACAAACACACGUAUGUGUCGCCCGUUGGUUGUGUCGUGGAUGGAUGGAUGGAUGGAUGUGUUGUGCAGUCGCGCGAGACCCCCCAGUGGCGGUACUCGGGCCAGCUGCGGCUCUGCAACGCCUGCUGGCUCAAACUCUCGCGCCGCAUCCGCGCACACAAGAAUGCCACCGAGCAGGCAGCCAUUCAGCAGGCCCAGGCACAGGUGGCCAACGAUGCCUCACCCACAUCCCAGCACGAGAACAGUGGCGGUGCCGGUGCUGGUGCUGGUGCUGCUGCUGGUGGUGGCUUCGGGCAGCAUCCUGCGUCUGAGGGUCCUGUGGGAGGUGUGGGUGGUCAUGCGGACGACCCCCGGAUAGCGCAGCUGCUCAACGAGACCAUGGGUGGCAGCGUGACCAGGGAUGGGGAGCGGAACUACAUGGCUCAUAUCAAGACAGAGCCCGUCGAUGACGAUCCAGGUGGGUCAGAGAACGAAGAGAUGAGACGUCUUUGUUGCGUAAUGGAUGUGUCUCGGCUGGUGUGUUGUGUUGUGUUGGUUGCAUCAGGUGGGUAUGGAUUCUCCCACCCUGCCCACCCUGCCCUCAACAACAACACUAGCAGUGUCGGUGCCCCUCCGGCCAACGGCCUCCAUCCCCGCGAGUGCUCCAAGUCGCCCACCUCGUCAGCCAUCGACUCACACGAGUCACCCCCCCUGCAGCCGGCACGCAGCCGGCAGCAGAAGCGGCAGCAGAAGGACCGCCGCCCGCCGUGCGAGCGCAUCCCGGGGCCCUGCGAGUCGGCCCGCAAGAGGGCCCGCACGCGGAGCCGCAAGGAUGACUUGCUGGGCGGUGGUGAUGAUGGCGGGCUGACGGCGCUGUUGUGCGCGGAGGCGGUGCUGCAUCGGGAGGGCCGGGUGGGCCUGGAGCAGGAGGACAAUACUGGAGCGGGGGCGGAGUAGCAAGUGACGGUGGAUGAGGUGCGGUGGGGUGGUGGAGAUUCGUGCCGUAGCGUGUCGCACAGAGAGACACAAAGAGAGCUGAUUUGUCAAUAUCUGAGAGAGCAAAUGAGAGAGACACAAAGAGAGCUGAUUUGUCAAUAUCUGAGAGAGCAAAUGAGAGCUGUUGGAGAGGAGUGAGUGAUUUGAUGGUUGCCUACCUGCCUGCCUGCCUAGCUAGAUGCCUGUGUGUCCGACCGAAUUGGUCAGCGUGCGUGUUGACCGCUUGAUUUUUCCCUCGUGUGUGGCGAUUAGACAGAGAGCGAGAGCGAGGUAGAGAGAGGCACACCUAGACGAGAGGCAGGCACAGCAGCAGCAGCAGCAGCAGGAGCAGGAGUUGAGAGAAGUGCAUUGCUACUGGUCCAAGGAGAGACAUUUAGCGAGCUACGGUGGGUGGAUGUAUUGAUGUAUUGCGUGGUGUGUGUGUGGGUGGGGUGAAUAGCCAUUGAUGGUGCUGUGUGUGGACAGAUCUGAUUGACUCAUUCAUGCGUCUGUCCGUUCUGACUGACAUUUGUAGCGAAAGAGUGAACGAGCAUCGGUUCGUC